UGAAACAAUGGCACUUGUGAUAAACUCGACACAAAACCUAGUUCAUCAAGCCUAUGAUUACUAUUUGUGGACUCUAUCGUUAUCAGAUCAACGGACAAGAGGAUGGCCGUUGGUAGACUCGCCAGUACCAACGAUGUUUUAUACUCUGCUCUACCUAAUUAUAGUGUGGUUAGGUCCAAAACUGAUGGCGAAGAGGAAACCUUUCCAGCUAACGUGGCUUCUCAUACCUUACAACUUAUCUAUGGCAGUACUGAACGCUUACAUAGCAGUAGAGUUGCUGACGGCCUCUACGAGGUUGAGGUACAGCUAUAUCUGUGAACCUUGCCGAGAGAAGUAUCACCCGGACGAAUUGCAGAUCGCCAAUGCUGUUUGGUGGUACUACUUCUCCAAGCUGUUGGAGUUCUGCGACACAUUUUUCUUUAUAUUAAGGAAAAAGGAUCGGCAACUUACCUUCCUUCACGUCUACCAUCAUUCCACCAUGUUCGGCUUUUGGUGGAUUGGAAUCAAAUGGGUACCCAGCGGUUCCACCUUCUUGCCGGCAAUGGUCAACUCAGGAAUCCAUGUACUUAUGUACUUGUAUUACGGCCUGUCAGUUUUAGGACCCAACAUCACUCAGUACUUGUGGUGGAAAAAAUACCUUACUAUCCUUCAAUUGAUCCAGUUCACUUGUGCCUUGAUAUUGGGCGCCAACGGAUUGAGGACUGGUUGUGAAUUCCCAUUAUGGAUGCACUAUACUCUUAUCAUUUACAUGAUGUCUUUCAUCGUUCUAUUCGGCAACUUUUACGUUAAAGCUUACAUGGAAAAGGGUAAUCAAGUAUUCUUUGGAAUGGAUGUUGGAUGCGGACAAGGAAACACCUACGUCGUAAAAUCCAAGAACGGAUUCAUACCCGUACCUGCGGUCAACGGUGUCCACAAACAAUCCGAAAAGAAAUUCAAUUGAGCUUGGAUCGGGUCCGCGAGUUAAACGUAGUUUUAGAUUUACAUCUGAAUCGUGUUCUUCCUGACUAAAGUGAGCGUAUUUGUCACCCAACAAAAACAAGUUUUUAACACGAACUUUUUUAUUUAUGGUGGAAUGUCGUUGGUAGGGAACAAUUUUUUACUUCUUUUGUUGAUGGUUAUGUUAUGUUAUUGCUUAAUUUUAGGUAUUUAAUUUUGUAUACUGUAAAGAAAUGUCAAUUAUACCUAGAUAGGUGAAUUUAAAAUACAUCUAGUGGCUUUUAAUAUACCCAUGGAUUUUGCAUUUUAACACCAGGCAGGUGUACCUCAAGGACCAGUACCUAUUGAGGCUUUUGGUGCUUUACAACGCUUUUGACUUAUUUUCUAUGAAAAGAACUACGAGAAAACAACAUAAAGAAAUUGAACGGUCAAAAGUAUUAAAAAUAAAAACAUUCAGUUUUAAAUCAAAUUAUUAUAAGUUAAUGAUUAUAUUAAGAGCUGCUUACAUUGUACAUAUGACUAGAUAUUUCAAAAGUUGUUAUUAUAAACACUGCCAAGUGCGCACUAUUAUCUAAUGUCAGACACUGUAUUCUCAGGGUAAUUUUGAAUCAAAAUUCACUUCCACGUGAAGACGUUUCAUUGUGGUUUCAACCCUGAAGCUUGUUUUAAUCAAGUCAGACAAUAUGUAUCGAUAUCGUGUACC